AUGGGUACCAUCAAUGGGUGUCAAUGCGUGCACGAAUCCAAGAACCAGUGUGACUCGAGUUGCCCCACGGAGAGCGCGUCCAGAAACCGCAGAUCGGUGAUCACGUGGACACCCCAGGGAGCCUCCAACCAGAUCCAGGUCAGCUGUGUUUUGAGUGGCCCCAUGGAUGGGCUGAAUGGCACCAACUCCACCAGGGCCCUACGACUGCCGGACGGGACAAGUGAUGCCUGGUACAUCCUCACCAUCAUUGGCAUCUAUGGAGUGAUUUUCCUUUUCCGGUUGGCCAGCAAUAUCCUCGGGAAGAAUGAUAAGGCCCUGGAAGAUGUUUAUUUGUCAACUUUGACCUCUGAACUCAAAAGGAAAGGGCUCCAGAGCAAGGUGGACAAAUGGUCUUCACUGACCAUUAGCAACCCUGCUGUCCUGCAGUCCAGCCAGGCCAGCCUAGAGCCAGAGAGUGAAAACACGACUCAGGGGAUCCCUUAA